CCACGAUUUUCCGCUUUCUACCCUCACCCGCUCAUCACUUCGCAUUUGCUUGCGCGAGGUGCUUAGUCCCACUUGCGCCCUCAGUUCAGCCCUCAUCCCUCGGUAUGGAUCCUGGACCAUCUCGAAGAAGUCUCGGCGGCAAUGGAGGGGCACAAGGGGAGGGGAACGGUGGCGGAAGAGGAAAGAAGAGGCAUGGCGCAAGAGGAGGGGGAGAAGAAGGAGGUUGGGGCAAGCACACGGCGCAAGCCAUGGAAUCGCAAUCCAAUUCGAUUCAUCGCACGACCAAUCUCCCCAAAUCGCUGCAGCAGUCCAUGCCUCUGCCGGAAGCUCGAGCGCCCAAGUCGUUGGGACGCAUCCAGGACAAGAAGUUGCGAGCUCAAUUGAGCAAAGCUCAUUUGGAUUCCAAACGAGCCAAGGAACAAGCCAAGUUGGCCGACGAAUACAUCCAUGCGCCUCAGGCUGGUGAAGAGGCGGGCAUGAUAGAGGUGGAGAGCAAUAUGGAGAGGACUGCGCGUGUCACCCAGAGGGAGAUCAGGCAGAGCAUCGCUUUGGACGCAGCUACAAAGUCCUUCUCCCUCGAUCUGUCGGCCAACAAGGGUAACAGUCGCAAUGCGCCCAACGCCAGUCUGGGACCGUACCGCGCAGACUAUACGCGCAAUGGCAGACAUCUACUGCUGGGCGGUAGAAAGGGUCAUCUGGCAGCGUUCGAUUGGCAGACGGGUCAAUUGCUGUGCGAAGUGCAAGUCAAAGAGACUGUGAGGGAUGUGAAGUGGCUGCACAACAAGUCCUUCUUUGCAGCAGCGCAGAAAAAGUACGUCUACAUUUACGACUCUUCGGGGGCAGAAGUGCACAGGCUUAGGGAUCACAUAGAAGUGACCAGGAUGGAAUUUCUGCCCUAUCAUUUCCUCCUCGCGACCGUGGGCAACGCUGGGUGGCUAAAGUAUCAGGAUACCAGCACAGGAGGUAUCGUUGCUCAACACCGGAGCGGAUUAGGCGCUUGCCACACUAUGGCACAGAAUCCACUCUCCGCCUUGAUACACCUUGGUCACGCAAAUGGCACAGUGACCAUGUGGACGCCGAACUUGUCCAGCCCCGCAAUCAAGAUGUUGGCGCAUCGAGGACCUCUGAGCGCCAUUUCCCUAUCGACGCAAAAUCAGGGCAGAGAUAUGGCCACUUCUGGUCUGGACGGGUCCGUAAAGGUGUGGGACAUUAGGAUGCUCGGCCGAGGAGCUCUUCGUGAAUGGCAAAGCCGCAAACCUGCCAGCGAUUUAAAGUAUUCUCAAAGAGGCUUGCUGGGCGUAGCGUGGGGGAGUCACGUCUCCAUCUACGAUCCCAAAGCCCCGUUCAAAGCUGCAGUCACUCCCGGUCCGUACCUCACAAACGGCUUUCCCAGCGGUCCGCCCAUCAGCAUCAACUUUUGUCCAUUCGAAGAUGUCCUCGGCGUCGCUCAUGCGAAAGGCUUUGACUCGCUCGUCAUUCCGGGCGCUGGUGAACCGAGAUACGACUCGACGGAGAUUGAUCCCUAUGAGGGGAAAAAUAGCAGGCGGGAGCGCGAAGUGCACGCUCUGCUCGACAAGAUUCAACCCGAGAUGAUCACGCUGGAUCCAGAGACGUUGGGUCAGAUUGAUCACUCGACGGCAGGCAGCGCAGCUCCCCGCGAGGAAUCGCCCACGCCUUUGGGUGGCCGACAAUUGGCACGUUCUUCGGAUGGAAGGCCGUACGCCCGGCUUAGUCGUCUCGAAAGGCUGCGUUUGGAUGGCCUAGCCGACGAAGGUCCGGAUGCCGUCAUUCGGCCCGUUGGGGAUGUGGACGAAACGGUGUCCGGAGAUGGGGGCAUGAUCGCGGGGACCAGAAGCGUGGCGGUCCCAAGCGAACGAUUGGUACGUGAAAGGGAAAAGAAAAAGGCGAGGGGCAAGAAUAGCAGUUUGAAGAGAUAUCUUAGGAAACAAAAGGUCAAUGUGAUCGAUCCCAAGGCACUUGCGGCUAGAGAGAGGUUGGAGAGGUCCAAGGAACAGCAGGCUACCAUCAAGGAACAAAAGAGAAGAGAAGAGUUGGGCCUGCCUCCCAUCGAGCAGGACCAUAGUGCUCUUGCACUCUUUAGCAAGAAGAAGAGAAGAGCUGGAUAGGCUCGUGACAGUAGAGCAUCUUUUGUCAUCCAUGCCACCUGUACUCAACAUGAAGCAUCAUUUUCUGAUCGUUGAGACUUUGCACAGCCCCCAGAUGCGGUCGAUCGCUAUAAUACAAUG